AUGGCAGCGUAUAACUCGGUGUCAACUAUCAGUGCUAGGAAGAUGAUGAUGCACGGAUGUCAGGGAUAUUUGGCACUAGUAAAGGACAUGUAUGCUGAAGGUAUAAAUAUGAAAGAUAUUCCUAUUGUCAGAGAAUUUAUGGAUGCAUUUCUUGAGGAGCUUCUAGGGUUACCACCAGAAAGGGAAAUGGAGUUUUGUAUAGACAUUAUGCCAGAUGAGGGUGCAUUGCUAGCCCACUUUAGGCUGAGGAUAGACUUGCGGGACAGAAUUAGAGUAUCCCAGCACAGAGACUCGCAAUUAAUGAGAAUUGUAGAAACAGUACAACAAGGGGAAGAUUGUGAAUUUGGAUUUGCUGCAGAUGGUGCUCUUAUGCAAGGCUCUAGGAUAUGUGUGCCAAAUGUGGACAACCUUAGAGCUGAGAUCAUGCAAGAGGCACACUAUGCACCUCAUAAUGUCCACCCAGGCUUUACCAAUAUGUACAAUAAUGUGAAGGAUAGGGAAGUUGUUAGAGAUCCCUAUCCCAGAGUGGAAGUGGGCAAUGAUUACUAUGGAUUUCUUCGUACUACACGCGGAUAUGACUCAAUAUGCGUGAUAGUGGAUCACUUAACCAAGUCAGCUCAUUUCUUACCUGUACGGACCACUUACUUUGUUGCUCAAUAUGCCAGGCUCUAUAUAUGUAAGAUAGAGGUACUUGGCAGACAACUGAACUUCAGUACAGCCUUCCACUCUCAGACAGAUGGACAGUCAAAGAGGACAAUUCAGACACUCAAAGAUAUGCUUCGUAUGUGUGUCCUAGACUUUAGGGGACAAUGGGAUGAUCAAUUGCCCUUGAUAAGGCAGAAGAGUUAUGUAGAGCCUAGGCGGAAGGAUAUAGAGUUUGUAGUAGGUGACUAUGUAUUUCUGAAGGUCUCCCUUUUGAAGGGAGUUAUGAGUUUUGAGAAGAAGGACAAGGGGGCACCCCGAUAUAUAGGGCCUUUUAAGGUUACAAAUAGAGUGGAAGCGGUUGCCUAUCGGUUAGAGUUACUGCCAAACCUUUCUCAUGUCCACCCUGUAUUCCACGUCUCCAUGCUUAGGAAGUACAUACCUAAUCCUUCCUAUGUACUGUAA